GGUUUUGGAUGUACACAGCUGCAUUGGAGAAAGGUUGUCAGUCUUUCGCGCUCCGCGAUGGAGGACGAUCUGCAGCGGUUUUUAAGGUCACGAGAUGUUCCAGAAGAGGACAUCAUCCUCAUGAAAAGGGACAAGAUUGACAAGUCUGUGCUCUCUGUCAUGACAGAUGAGCAAAUGGCAAAGUAUAUUAGUUCAUAUGGUGACCGACUGGCUGUCUUCUCCUUCUGUCAACAAACAGCUGCCUGCUCUGAUAAAGAAUCUCUGUUACAAAAUUUAAGAGCUAAAAUUGAAGCAAGGAAACUGGGAUCAAAGUCCACUAAAGCACGUGUCUUCCCUAAGGAAAAUAAUUUAAUGGCAAGACACAAAAAUUUAUCUGCAGAAAGAACCUCCAGGAGAAUUGAAAUCGGAUGGCUUCACUUCGGCUGUAAUGGAUACCAACAAGUGAGGACCGGUAAUGGCGGUGGUACACGGCAUUUGACAGUUCAAAAAAAGACAACUGUUUUACAAAUAAUGGAAAUGGGAAAGAACCUUUUUUUCCCAAAUGGAGAGUCGCCAAAAGGUCCAGAAACAGACUUCACGUUUCAUGUUUGUGAUUUUAAAAGAAACCACAUUCCCAUGGACAGCACUGUUGGAGAUCUGUAUGAACAAACCAAACUGAAAUUGUUGAGAUUUUACAUUUGCACUAAGCAAGAAGUGUGCCUCACAGAUGUAGAAUCUUUGUCUGAUGGUGAUAAAGAAGAAUGUAAUGAAUACUCAGUGCAGGAUGGAUUAGACAGUGAUACUGAGAGACCUGCUGUGAAAGUGUCAUCACAUGGACAUGACAGUGAUCUUGAGAAUACAAGCACACAUUUACUGGAUGACAGACUUUCAUCUAACAAAGACAUCAAGAGGAAGAGACAAGUAAGAACUGAUGCCCAGAGCUCAAGAGGAAUGGAGGAUGUUCUUCAGAGUGGUUUUACUAUAGAGACAACCAGCACUUCACAUGACUCUCUUUCACGACCCAAAGAUAUCCAAAGAACACACACCAUCCAAAGACAAGCAAGCAGCUUAAGUGACGAGGAGACUGAUGAACUGUGGAGACAAAGUGCACAGCAACCGAAAAGUCCACAGCAUUCACAUGAACUCUUUGAUUUUCAGAGAAGCUAUGAAUUCAUUGAUUUGUCCAGUCAGAUUCCUCCACUACACAACAGCAUAGUUCAGACUCUUCGAGAUGAUGAUGAUGAUAAGGAAGACACAGUUGAAUGGAACGAAGGGGAUGAACUUGAACAAACAGAUGAGGACCAAGCAGUUUUAAUAAGAUGGAACAUCAUACAGAAUGCAGAGUUAAAUGAAGCAGAAAAUGAGGUGCCAUCACCACCCUCAAGUAAUAGCAAUCCUGCACUGCUGAUGCGUAGUGAAAUGCCCUUACCACCAGAAAAUUUGCCAUCCUAUUCAGGAAACCAUCUUUCUCCUGUACUUUCAUCUGAAAACUCAGAAAAUGCAGAAGUUGUGCAUGCUGUAAUACACAGGGUAAAGGUUGUAGAAGAUCUUUUGGCUGUGUUCAUGGAUAGCCGCAUAAUUCAAUCUACUCUGAAGAUGGAAUUUGUAAAUGAGAAAGCUGUAGAUGAUGCUGGGGUGUCCAGAGAAGUUUACACUGCAUUCUGGGAUCAGUUCCUUGAACAGUGUGAAGGAGAAGAUGAGCGGGUUCCUAGACUGAGACCAGAUUUCUCUGAAGCUGAAUGGGAGGCAGUAGGAAGGAUCUGGGUAAAAGGAUUAAUUGACCUUGGUGUACUGCCAGUAAGGCUUUCCAGUGCUUUCAUUUUAGCAUGUAUGCAUGGAAUUGACUCUGUCAAUGAUGAUGUCCUGAUGUCAUCUUUCCACAACUACCUCUCCUUGACUGAACGAACUGCCGUUGCAAAGGCUUGUCAAGGCACACUGGAAGAAUGUGAUGAAGAUGAUCUGCUUGACCUCUUCACAAGAAUGGGCUCACAUUGCAUCCCUCCAAAAAACACCAUAAAAGUUGCUAUCCAAACAAUGGCUCACAAAGCAAUUCUUCAAGAGCCCAAAUAUGUAAUAGAUUGUUUCUCCAGAGCCAUGCCAUUUGCACUGCUGAAAGUACCAGACCAGGACAGUCUAGUGUCUCUGUAUGACACAAAGAAGGCCACUGGUAAAAAAGUGGCACAGCUACUUCAAACAACACAGGUGGUUCGCUCUCAGAAAGAACAGAUGGUAUUCAAUCAUCUGCAACGUUAUCUCAGGAAUGCUGACCAAAGCAAAGCAGAAAAAUUUCUACGGUUCUGCACUGGUUCUUCUGUUAUAUGUGUUGAUCAAAUCAAAGUAAGCUUCAAUGCAGAAUCUGGCCUCAGCAGAAGACCAGUAGCUCACACCUGUGGAGCUACUCUUGAUUUACCUUAUACUUACAGUUCUUACCCAGACCUCCGCACAGAGUUUGACAACAUUCUCUCUAGCGAUUACUUUGAAAUGGACAUUCUGUGAAUUUGAUGCUGCUCAGGAAUAGUUCAUAGUCAUCAGUCACUUUUUUGGAACUUGAUAGUCUGUAAUUAUUAUGAUUUUGUUGGUAAACAAUCUGUGUGAUGGUAUUUUUAUAUACCAUGGGGAAAAGA